AUGUGUUUGAAUGCCACCAAAAUGACGACAUGCAUGGAAAUUGGAAGUAAUUUUCAGGCCAUUCAGGCUAUUCAGGCUACUAUGAUCCUUUCAACCAUACUUUGUUGUAUUGGACUUCUGAGCUUUGGUCUUCAACUGUUCCGGCUGAAACAAGGAGAGCGAUUUGUAUUCACUGCUAUCAUCCAAAUGUUGUCAUGUCUUUGUGUUAUGAUUGCAGCUGCAAUCUACUCUUCCAUGUAUGAGAAGUUUCACCCAGACUUGGACAUUAAGAAUGGCACAUUUGGAUAUUCCUUCAUCCUCGCCUGGAUUGCCUUUGCUUUCACUUUAAUUAACAGUAUCAUGUACUUAAUACUUAGAAAACGCAAAUAA